ACUUGGAAACCCUAAAGAAAAUAAUGUACAGAUUUGAACAGAGUAAAAUUUUAAAAACACUAAACAGCCUCUUGGGCUCGGAUCUAGGUUGCGUUAACGUGGUGGAACACACCAAGAAGGUCGAAAUCGUGGGCAAAUACGGGACCCGUUAUGGUGCCUCCCUCAGGAAAAUGGUGAAGAAAAUUGAAAUCAGCCAGCACGCCAAGUAUACCUGCUCCUUCUGUGGCAAAACCAAGAUGAAGAGAAGAGCUGUGGGCAUUUGGCACUGUGGUUCCUGCAUGAAAACAGUAGCUGGUGGUGCCUGGACCUACAACACCACUUCUGCUGUCACAGUAAAGUCUGCCAUCAGAAGACUGAAGGAAUUGAAGGACCAAUAGAAGCACCACCAUUUGAUAAUGUUGCUAGCCUAUAAUAAAUGGGUUAAUUUAUGUAACA